UCGAAAAAAAAUAAUCCAAAUAAAAAAAAUAAAAAUAAAAAAAUUUUUUUUUUGAUUUGUGAGACAAUUUAGCAUAAAAAGAUUUCUCAAUUCAAACAACAAAAUGACAUCAACGCCAACGGUCAAAAAGUUUGUGCUCGCUUUUGAUUUGAUCUGUGCGCUCCUUGCCUUGGUGCUUAUAUCAUUUGGCAUUUAUAUACUAUGUUCCUACGAUACAAAUGAGAUUGGUUCCAUGACAGCCUAUGCUUACAUAGGCAUUGGUGUGGCAACAUUGGUCAUAUUUUUAUUGGGCUGUCUUGGUGCUAUAAGGGAAAAUGUUUGCUGUACUGUGACGUUUUUGGUAUUCCUAUAUGUGAUAAUAUUAGCACAAGCAGCAGUAGCUUUUCUUUUGAUAAGAGGCGAAAAUUCUGUUGCAUCAAACUUGGCGAAUUCUUUGGAUACAGCUUGGGAAGAAGAAUUGAAGAGUCCAGGUGCUAUGUCACUAUAUGAAAACUGGUUCGAUUGCUGCGGUCGUGCCAGUCCUCAGGAUUACAUUGUCAAUGAACGUUUGCCACCGGCCACUUGCUUCAAAAAUAACGACAACACAAAGACUGAGAAUUUAAUCACGAAUGGUUGCCGUAUAGAAUUCGAGAACUACUGGAUCGAUCUGCUGCAUAUAUUUAACAUAUUAGCCUGGAUUAUGAUUGCCUUGGAGUUCAUAAGCAGCAUUAUAGCCUGUUGUCUCUGCAACAGCAUACGAAAUGAUAAUAGGCGUGCCUACUUUUAAUCUUUUUUCUACAGAUAAAUUAUUUUAAGAAAACUAUUUAUGUUAUAAACUAAUUUAAUACAUUGUAGUUUUUAUUAUACUACCCUUUAAGAUUUUAACCAAAAAUUGGUAUAAAUGUGUUGUGCGAACAAGUCAAAUGUUAAAAUAAAGCUA